AUGCACGGAAAAGUUGCCCUAGAAGAAGCCUUUGCUCUCCCUCGCUUCAAGGAGCGCACUCGCUGGUGGGCUGGUCUCUUUGCUACCGACCCUGAUAAGCACGCCGAAGAGAUCAACGACAUUACAGAUAAGCGCAUCAAGUACAUGGAUGAGCAUGGCGUUGGUUAUACCCUUCUUUCAUACACAGCUCCUGGUGUUCAAGAUGUCUGGGAUCCCAAGGAGGCUCAGGCUUUAGCUGUUGAGGUCAACGAUUAUAUCGCUGAGGCUAUCAAGCCCCAUCCUGAUAGACUGGGUGCCAUGGCUACCCUCUCUAUGCACGACCCCAAGGAAGCUGCUGAGGAACUUCGUCGUGUUGUGACCAAGUACGGCUUCAAGGGUGCUCUUGUUAACGACACCCAAAGAGCUGGUCCCGAUGGUGACGAUAUGGUCUUUUACGAUGGUCCUGAAUGGGACGUUUUCUGGUCAACAGUUACAGACCUUGACGUCCCAUUCUACCUCCACCCCCGAAACCCCACAGGCACAAUCCACGAGAAGCUCUGGGCCAAGCGAAGCUGGCUCAUCGGUCCCCCUCUAAGUUUCGCCCACGGCGUCAGCCUUCACGCCCUGGGCAUGGUCACAAACGGUGUUUUCGACCGUCAUCCCAAGCUCCAAAUCGUCCUCGGACAUUUAGGUGAACACAUCCCCUUCGACAUGUGGCGCAUCAACCAUUGGUUCGAGGAUAUCAAGAAGCCUCUCGGUCUAUCAUGCAAGUUGACCAUCCGAGAAUACUUUGCUAGAAACCUGUGGAUUACUACCUCUGGACACUUUUCUACACCAACCUUGAAAUACUGUAUGGAAGAGGUUGGAGCUGAUAGAAUUCUGUUCUCGAUUGAUUAUCCUUUUGAGAACUUUUCUGAUGCUUGUACGUGGUAUGACGGUUUGACUAUUGAUGAGGGUGAUAAGAGAAAGAUUGGAAAGGAUAAUGCGAAGAAGUUGUUUAAGCUUCCUGCUUAUCAUCAGAGCGAGGAUUAG